AUGGGCAGCGACCUGGCUGGAGUUAUCCUGAACAGAGACAACCAGGCUACUUUCAUAAUUGCAGGAAACGAGCCCUGUGAUGAAGAUGUGGUUCCUUUUUUGGGAAGUCUCCUUCAAUUUGUGAUUGGUAGCCGUGGUCCCAAAGGAAAACAACAAGCUAUGACUCAAAUAGUAGCCCAUGUUAUGGACAGGCACAAAGACAAGGUCUUUGAGUGUUACCAUCGGAUCCUCAAGGACUUUGCUCACAUCUGUCUACCGAAGAUGGGUGGACAGUCUUCAGAGCUGGAAGAUGAUGAAGCGCAUGCUCUGGCCUUUCAAUCAUGGUUUAAGAGUACCUUCUUCAAAGAAGGCAUCCCUUUGGCUCGAACAGACAUGCUGUGGCUCGCCACAGAAUGCUGUCGCGCGUCUGACGAUAAGAUGUUCGACGUUUUACACAAUUAUGUGAGCCAAGACGAAUCCGAUGUAGAAUCUUUUGAGGGACUCUAUCGACUCUUGAUGGAGUUAAUCGAGCCCAUAAAAAUGAGUCAUAUCUUAUUUGACAGAGCAUCUACAAUACUCGAAGGCCUCGGCGAUAAGCCAGUGGUUGAGAGCAUACCUCCUUCCAAACAUUUUCCGAUACCGCUUCUCAAAAAGAAGCUGGGCCUCGACGGAAUCGCAAAUCGGAUGUUCUCAAACUCGGCGCGGGCAGAAGAGUUCCAUGACAAGCUUCGUCAGGUUGCGCCACAGCAUAACCUACACCUGCAGCUUGAACAUUACCAAAAGACAAUACAUACCCGAGUUCAUCCUGAGAUUCUCAUCCUGGACUAUCUUGACACACUCGGUGGAAAUCACUUCUAUGAUAAUCGCGAUAAAUACAUAGCAUGUAGUAAGGCCAGUUGCUACCUCUGCUCCCAAUACGCCCAGGAACACCCGACUCGACCCGUCCUAGGAUCAACCUCCAAAGUAAUUGAUCUCCAGUGGCGCCUGCCAGAUAUCAGUCAGCUUCAAGAAUUCGCCGGUGGACGUUUCAGUAAGCAAAAGCUAAUUCUACGGAAAAUGACAGAGGGUGUGCGCGAGGAGGUCGAAAAUUUUGUCAUCGAUCGCCAUUCACACCAGGAGACGAAAUCAUCAGCGAGGGAUGAUAUCUGCCAGUUAUCUACAUUCUUUGAUGAUAUUUCAGACAAUCACCAGGAUCAGCAGCUAUCUUAUCCAGAGCUUUCAGAAAGCCUUCCUUCCAGCCCUGUUAGUCCUGUCUUUUCUGAAACCAAAGAACAGCCUGCUUUUGUAACAGCACAUGUUGAAGAUAAGGACCUUAAGUGUGAAGAUUUUGAGGGGAGUUAUGAUGGCGAUAGUGAUGUUGGAGGUGUGUCUCUUUAG